CCCAACCAGUUACGACGGUUGCCACAUCAAUAAAAAGAAAUGUCACUCAAAACGUUUCUGAUUCCGAUCGUGAUAGGGCUAGUGAUGGCGUUGGCCCUAACCAUCGAAGCCAGCCCCAUGUACUACAAGAAGGUUUCCGGACAAAAGUACGAACCAGAUUGGGUGGCGGUGUCAUCGACGGUCAUUCCUCUGGCCGAGUACCGUGUGAGUGUGGGUGGUAGCGGCGGCGAGCAGCACAAGUCGACCUCAUUGGUGGCGGAUGAUGAGUACAGGCGAGCGUACAUGAAACACAAGAAGCUAACGGCGGCCAACAAGGCAAAACUUGUUACUCAAAAGGGAUCGGAUGCUACGGUGGCCCAGGCUCGCGUUCAGGAAGAUCCGGACACGUUGAUCACUGCCAACAAAAAGUUCUACGAAAGGAAGAGCGAUUGAGCAGGGGAUGAGCGAGAGGACGUUACCAAACUAACCGAAGUGACCUGUAAAUAUUUUUUUUUUGCGUUCUGAACAUGU